UUGCUGCUGCCCAUAAGUUAUGCUUGAGUAUAAGCACACUGUCGGCGUUGGAUCCCCGGCCCUUUUGUUGCGGAAGAAAGAGGGUGCGGUUGGCCGAGAACAGCACUGACGGGAGAGCUUCAAUGGAGCUUGAUGCGGUUUCGGUGUGCGAUCUCGGGAUAUGGGAAGGGGAGGAACUCUGAUUCACUCUCGGUGUUUCGACGGGGCCGUAGAGGCGUGGUCUUGAAGCAAUGCCCUUGUUUUCCUCCAGUGAUCUCUCGGUUUUCACACACCCAGCUUCGAUUUCAGCUCCUCCGUUUCUUAGUCGAAUGCCGUACGUUCGCCGGCGGUUGAUCUUGGUCUGUUGGAUGUAGCGGAAGUUUUGGAGAUUUGAGGACGAAUUCGUUGUAGAACGAACGCCUUCGAGUUCCCGACGGAUUUUAGAUUCGAGUGGAGAAGUUUAAUGAUUGAGUUCGAUUACAGAUCUGUCCCUCCGGAGCUCCGAGUUCUUACACUCUGAAGGACAGAAGAACUCCAUAAACUUGACUACUCAGUUUACUUGUGGGAUGCUAUGUUUUCCCUUUCCCUAACCUAGUAUUUUUCUAAUGGACCGAUUUAUGAUUUUUAUAUCAAUUCCUUUAUCUUUUCUUGUACUUUCCCUACCAUUUGCCAUUGCUGAUUUAAGGUCUGAUGAGCAGGCACUUAUAGACUUUGCUAAUUCUGUCCCUCAUGGCCGUAAUCUAAACUGGACUUCUCAUAAUCCAAUUUGUUCCUCGUGGGUUGGAGUAAGAUGCACACCUGAUAAUACUCGCGUGCGUAGUCUCCGGCUGCCAGCCAUUGGGCUUUUUGGCACAAUCCCCCCUAAUACUCUUAGUAGACUUGAUGCCCUUGAAGUCUUAAGUCUUCGUUCUAACCGCCUAAUCGUACAUCUUCCUCCCGAUGUUCCAUCCAUUCCUUCGUUGCAUUCUCUGUUCCUUCAACAUAACAAUUUAUCUGGAAUUAUACCUUCUUCAUUAUCUUCCAACCUGACAUUUCUGGAUCUUUCCUACAAUUCCUUUGCAGGAGAAAUUCCACCCACUGUCCAGAACCUUAAUCAUCUUAGUGCAUUGCUUCUUGAGAAUAACUCAUUGUCUGGACCAAUCCCGAAUCUUCAACUUCCCAGGCUUAGGCAUCUGAAUCUGAGUAAUAACAACCUUAGCGGCCCCAUACCAUUAUCCCUCCAAACGUUCACAGCUGAGUCUUUUCUGGGUAAUCCUUUUCUCUGUGGAUCUCCUUUAUCACCUUGCUCUGGAGUAUCUCCUCCAGUAUCCCCUGCAAGACGAAAAAGAAGCUUUUGGCAAAAAUUGAGCACAGGUGCCAUUAUUGGAAUUGCUGCUGGUGGAGCAGUACUUCUGCUUCUACUCGUCAUUGUAGUCUUCUUGUGCUUCUUCAGGAGGAAACGUGGGGAUGGUGACAGAGAAUCAAAAGGAAAGGGAUCUCUUGGUGCAAGGAGUGAAAAACCUGAGGAGUACAGCAGCAGUGUCCAAGAGGCAGAGAAGAAUAAGUUGAGUUUCUUUGAGGGAUGUGCGUACAACUUUGACUUGGAAGAUCUAUUAAGAGCUUCUGCAGAGGUUCUUGGCAAAGGAAAUUAUGGGACCACAUAUAAAGCUGUUCUAGAAGAUGGUACAACUGUUGUUGUGAAGAGGUUGAAGGAAGUAAUCAUUGGAAAGAGAGAGUUUGAGCAACAAAUGGAAUUGCUUGGAAGGGUCAAGCCUCACCCUAAUGUAGUUCCUCUUCGAGCUUAUUAUUACUCCAAAGAUGAGAAGCUUCUCAUUUAUGAUUAUGUUCCUUCUGGCAACUUCUCCUCCUUGUUACAUGGUAUGUUGCUCAAAUUCCUGUCUCUGGGCUGGUAGUUCCUGUUCAUUCAAUAAAACCACUGGACACAUUGAAUCUGAGAAUAAUGCUAUUCCAAACAUGCGUAAUUAGUGGAAUAAGCAAUGGCUUUUGUCUUGGAUGAAAGUAUUCAACAUUUUAUUUUGUUUUCCAAAUCUUCAUUUAGAGAAUUUAAUUUUUCAUGAAGUAAAGCUACUAGUUAAUAUAUUCCUUUAUCAACUCUGAUU